GUGUAAGACUUAGACGUGACUGCGACUGCUGCUCGCCUGUGUAGGGUUGAGCCCUACAUUUGUAUUAGCACAUAUAUUACUAAGCAUACACAAGACCCAGCAUUCUUGACAUUAUGGUUGCCGUGACAACGCGAUGUAAAUACUGCGAUAUACUUUCUGCGUCCCAUCCUCGCUUCCACUUCCACGAAACAAUACACCUGACCCUGUGCCUUUCUGUCCCUCUUCUUCUCCUCCACCACUCGUCUCCCACGCUUCGCGCCUCCAGGCACGCUUCUUCCCCUACCGAUCGCCAGCAGACAGCAUCGGGACACGCGUGCACCCGCAGCUCUGGAUCUCGUCCCGUGUGUUUUCGUGCAUCACACUGAGCCUUGCUUGCUGCAGUAGCGAUGCUUGCCUCGGCCGCCGCCGCCGACGACACUGCGCACUCCUCUUCCGACGACGACAGCUACGCGCUUCCUGUUCUUAGCUCUUACGCGCUCGCGCUUCUGUCGGCAGAUGGGAACAACAACAACAACAACAACAACAGCAACAACAGCAACAGCAAUGACAUCGGCGCGAGUAGCGGUGAUAGUCGCAGCCGAAGAACCUCAUAUGAUCCCGAACAGCAACUUCACCAGUCGAAGUAUCUGCAAUCUACGUCGGCUCUAAUUAACGCCGCGAGGGAACGACGAAAGUCCAGAGAAGCAAGCAAUUCGCCUUAUACUGCCGCUGCAGGGAGCGCGCCUCGUACUCGAUUUCGGGAGGAUCUAGAAGAGAUAAACAGCAACAGCAACGCAGACCAGCCGACUCGAAAAUUAUCUGGCAGUCCCGGGUCCUUUGUCGCCGCGACUCCGCAUCACCGCGCAGGAGCAGAUUCAACCGAGUUCCGAUCGUCAGAGAAUGGUGGUGCAGGCAGUGGCAGCCGCGAGGGACUAGUGACUCCGGCGUUUACGCGGCCCACGCUAGGAUCUCAUGGCGAGCCGCCCACAUCUCAGUACCGCAGCAUCUUCCGCAAAAGCAAACCCGGAAGACUUGGGCCUCCUAAACGAGCUUUGCGACGAGAGAGCCAGGAGGGUGAGAACGAUGGCGUGCCAAUAGCGAAAAGUCCCAGUGCCUCACCGAAGUCAAAAGAAAAUUCAAAAGACGACGAACACGAGCUGCGAAGGACGAUCGACGAAGCAGGAGGGAACGGUGCAGGACGGCUGCGGUUUUCAACACAGGACGAAGAGAUCCCUCGCGGCGACACGUACUGGUCCUCGCGGUCUUCACGUGAAUACACAUCAGCAUCCUCAAAAGAGUCAGAGCAACAUCGGACAAGUAUCUCGAGUGGCGAGAUUUCGCGUUUGGAAAUUCGAGAUCAAGCGCAUUCUCGCACGACGUCGCCCCGUACGUCGGGUAGCCCUCGCAAGGCGUUAUCGCCCAAGACUAUGAAUGAUGACCUGCACGGCGAGCUCCGGCAGAAGCCACUUCACCGAUCAAGUCCGUUCAAUUAUGGGAUCGAAGAGCGACGACAUCACACGUCUUCGCCGUAUGAAGCGGCAAAGGAAUUGACGAGUCUAAUUCACAAAUCCCUGACGCCAAAACAUCCUCCUCCUACCACAGAAGCUCUGGCACCUUCUCCAGUAAUUCAGUCAUUCGUUGUCGCUGACAACGGCUACGUGCCCGAAUCGCCUGUCCGACUGGUCUCCGAAAAGAAACCGCUGUACGAGAAUAUCAAUCCAACGCCCUUCACCGAAAGUCAUCGAGAAGAAAAGCAUCACCACCAUCGACAAGUUUUUUCGCCGUUGAAUAAAGACGAGAAUCCACGCCAGCAGCGCCCGUUGGCAGCAGACAUCUAUCACGACGAGCCGCCGCGGGCAAACCAAGCGCACAGCAACCCGCGCUCCUCUCAUUCCUCUCGGCUAGUGGGAAGACAGCUGUUGACACCAUUGUCAUCUAAUAUAAUCCGCCCCGUGCGAACGUCUACGCCGCCUCCUGAAUGCAACAUUUAUGACCCGCCGCCAAAGAUGAGCAAUCUCGAUAUACCAAGGCCGACGCCGAAAAUUGCCUCCAAGAAGCAGAAGAAUACAGUCGUGGUAAGUGUGAGACAAUUAUUAUCUGGUGAAGAUUAGGCUAACAUUUUUACGGCAGAUCGCGGGAAGAGCAUAUCAGAGGUUAGAGCUGAUUGGCAAAGGAGGAUCGUCAAAAGUGUUCAAAGUGCAGCUUCUCAACUCGACAAAGGUAUUUGCGCUCAAAAAAGUCACGUUUGACGAGGUUGAUGAGGCGGUUGUG